GUUCACACUUUCAAUAUGGCAUCUCUGACAUUCUCCCAACCAUUCCUCUUGGAAAAUGUUCGGUUGUUGCGGCUAAAUAAAGGUCUGAAAACAUUUGUUUACCACCACCACGCUACAAGUAAGGGAGGUCGCUCUCAAGUGAUGACGUCAACCUUUCAAGCCUCAAAGAGUUGUCUACCUCAAAGUCGUAUCAUGGCGUGUAAUUCGUGCAGGUCACUUCUCCCUAGUGCCUGUAGAUUAUUCAAGCAAGUUUUGCGCUCUGGAGCAUCAUUUUCACAAUUUCAUUCAUCAUGUGCAAUCUUGCAUAGUCCAUCGCUUGUCAGCAGCAUGCCUUCUGACACAACAGCAGCUACUCACAGGCUGUGUUCAGUGUCCUCUCCUGUUGUGUUACAGUGCAGAGGGGCCAACUGGUAUAUUGAUAAAAGAAUCAGCAACAAUCUUGGAGUGUAUGGCAUUGCAGACGUGGAGCCAGAUUUCACUAACAUAACAGACAAAACAGAAAGUCAAGAAUUGGCGAAGAUGGUCAAUGAGACUUUUGAAAAUGGAGAACAGGGACGCUUAUUUGCUGUUGUGUCGAUUGCUGCAGUGCAACGCAGGGUCACUGUUGAAGACAUUAUUAUUGUUGAGGCAGAGUUUCCACCAAACAUUGGUGACAGAAUACGUUUGGAGAAGGUUCUGAUGGUUGGAGGAAAGGACUUUUCGCUUUUUGGUCAGCCGUUACUAAGCCGAGAUCAGGUGAAAAUUGAAGCUACUGUUGUGGAGCAAACCUUAUCCCAUAAUCGUGUGUGGGCUACAUACAAAAGGCGUUCACGAUUCAGAAAAAUGAAAGUGUGUAGAAAUCCACAGUGCAUGUUGGUGAUCAACAGUAUAGAACUAAGUAUGCUUCCAGAAACGUGAUACAGUGUGCAGAUGGAAGCAGUUUGAGUGGUUACCUUCUUAAGCAAGGAAUGUUUGAUGAUGAAUUGUAGGUUGUUAAUGCAAACCAUUCGAGCGAUCUUUUGACCUGGCCAAAAGUCAGGUUUAUAUAAUAAUAGUUACUAGUGAGCAGUAGGCCAUGCAGUAACAUGGUUGGUGAUCAACUGUAUUGCUGUAAAACACUUGCGCAUCAUGUGCUAUGUAACAAAAAAAAGAAAAGAAAUAAAGCAAAGCUGUUUGAGUAAGAUUA